GUGCUGUACAGCUGCAGGAGGCGGAUGCUCCCAGAUGGUUGAGAGGCCAGGGCAGGGGCACCACCCAACUGGGUUUCCCCCACGCCCUUGCCAUCUCCGUUCCCUGGCAACCCCAGGGAAGACUAUCCUGCAUUAGGAGGCCCCGUAUCCUGCCUUGGAGCCAAAGCUCAGCUGGGCAGGGAGGCUGCGGGUGACUGCUUCUUCUUGGCCCCCUAGUUCCCACACCACCUGCUAUCCUCUCCCAGCACAGCAACCUCUCUAAAAGACAGCUCCCCCAUCAGUCCCCUCCCUCGAAGCCAUCUCCGCCAACCUUCCCCGCCUCCGGUGCCAGCGCAGGGCCCUUUCCUUCCCUUCCCUUCCCUUCUCUUCCCUUCCUCCUUCUCUUUCUCGUUCUCUCCCUCCUUCUCCCCCACCCCACCCCCACCCCUAACCCUCCCUUCCCUGCGUGACGGAGGCGACCCGCGCUAUCAGCCUGACAAUCCCGAGGGAAGUGGCAGCGGCUGGAGCAAAAACAGCAGUAGCAAGCAGAGGCCAGGUGGGGUGCGCGCUGUGGAGAGGAGACUAAAGGUUGCCGGCUCGCCCGCCCCGCUCCCUGCCGGCGGGUCGGCUGCAGAACCACUCCGGCGCCGCGCGAGGCAUCUGGAUCUUCCACCCUCCCGGGAGGUUUCCUGCCUCUCCGCUAGUUCCCCAGCCCGGAGCUAAGAUGCAGAGGCUGGUCAGGGUUGCGGCGCUCAAGAGAAGCAGGGGGCUGCCAUUCCGGGCACUCCGGAGCUGGGGUUCGCCGUGCUGGAGCUCCGCUUGGCUCUGCUGUUGGGCACUGGCCGCCGGCUGCCAGGCGGCUUGGGCUGUGGACCUAGCCGCUGCCUCCAGCCUUUCAUUACCUCCUUGCCAGGAGAGAGAUUACCACUUUGAAUAUACGGAAUGUGAUAGCAGUGGCUCCAGGUGGAGAGUUGCUGUUCCCAAUUCUGCAGUGGACUGUUCUGGACUGCCUGACCCUGUGAAAGGGAAAGAAUGCACCUUCUCCUGUGCUUCUGGUGAAUACCUAGAAAUGAAGAAUCAGGUUUGCAGUAAGUGUGAGGAAGGCACCUAUUCCUUGGGCAGUGGUAUCAAGUUUGAUGAAUGGGAUGAGUUACCAGCAGGAUUUUCCAAUGUCGCAACAUUCAUGGACACAGAAACGGGUCCUACUGAGAAUAAACCAGAUAGCUGUGACAACUCUUCUUGGAUCCCUCGUGGAAAUUAUAUUGAAUCUAAUCGAGAUGACUGCACGGUUUCUUUGAUCUAUGCAGUACACCUAAAGAAGUCUGGUUAUGUCUUCUUUGAAUACCAGUAUAUUGACAACAACAUCUUCUUUGAAUUCUUUAUACAAAAUGACCAGUGCCAGGAGAUGGACUCCACCACAGAGAAGUGGGUAAAACUGACAGACAAUGGAGAAUGGGGUUCUCAUUCUGUCAUGUUAAAAUCAGGCACAAACAUACUAUACUGGAGGACCACAGGAAUCCUCAUGGGGUCCAAAGUGGUGAAACCUGUACUAGUGAAAAACAUCACUAUUGAAGGUGUUGCAUACACAUCAGAAUGUUUUCCCUGCAAGCCAGGCACAUUCAGUGACAAGCCAGGUUUAUCCCAUUGCCAGGUUUGCCCUAGAAACACCUAUUCUGAGAAAGGAGCUAAAGAGUGCAUAAAAUGUAAAGACACCCAGUUUGCAGAUGAAGGAUCAAGCCAAUGUUUGGAGCGUCCUCCUUGUACUCAAAAAGACUACUUUCAGAUUCAUACUCCAUGUGAUGAUGAAGGAAAGACACAAAUAAUUUACAAGUGGAUAGAGCCCAAGAUUUGCCAGGAGAACCUCUCAGAAGCUGUUAGGCUUCCCCCUUCUGGAGAGAAGAGGGAUUGUCCACCUUGCAACCCAGGCUUUUAUAACAAUGGCUCAUCUUCUUGCAAUCCUUGCCCACCUGGAACGUUUUCAGAUGGAACUCAAGAAUGCAAGGCAUGCCCAGCAGGAACAGAGCCUGCUCUGGGAUUUGAAUAUAAAUGGUGGAACAUCCUGCCUGCCAACAUGAAAACCUCCUGCUUCAAUGUUGGAAACUCAAAAUGUGACGGAAUGAAUGGUUGGGAGGUGGCUGGAGACCACAUCCAGAGUGGGGCAGGAGGCUCAGACAAUGAUUAUCUGAUCUUAAACUUGCAUAUCCCAGGAUUUAAACCUCCAACAUCUAUGACGGGAGCCACAGGUUCUGAACUCGGAAGGAUAAGUUUUAUUUUUGAGACCAUCUGUUCAGCAGACUGUGUGCUUUACUUCAUGGUGGAUAUUAAUAGAAAAAGUACCAACGUGGUGGAAUCUUGGGGUGGAACCAAAGAAAAACAAUCUUACACCCACAUUAUCUUCAAGAAUGCAACAUUCACAUUUACUUGGGCCUUCCAGAGAACAAAUCAAGGGCAAGAUAGUAGACGGUUUAUCAAUGAUAUGGUGAAGAUCUAUUCUAUCACAACUACAAAUGCAGUUGAUGGAGUGGCUUCAUCUUGUCGGGCCUGUGCCCUGGGCUCUCAGCAGUCAGGCUCAUCAUGUGUGCCCUGUCCACCUGGGCAUUACAUUGAGAAAGAGACCAACCAGUGCAAGGAAUGCCCACCUGACACCUACCUGUCCAUACAUCAGGUCUAUGGCAAGGAGGCUUGUAUUCCAUGUGGACCAGGAAGCAAAAGCACCCAGGACCACACGCUUUGCUAUAGUGACUGCUACCUGUCCUAUGUGAAAGAAAAUCAGAGUUUGCACUUCGACUUCAGCAACCUCAGCAGUGUUGGCUCACUGAUGAAUGGCCCGAGCUUCACAUCCAAAGGAACCAAAUACUUCCAUUUCUUCAACAUCAGCCUGUGUGGGCAUGAGGGGAAGAAGAUGGCAAUUUGUACUAACAACAUAACAGAUAUCACCGUGAAGGAAAUGGUAGCUGAAUCAGAAGAUUACACCAAUUUUGUAGGAGCCUUUAUAUGUCAGUCAACUAUUAUUCCAUCUGAAAGCAAGGGCUUCCGAACAGCUUUGUCUUCACAGUCUAUCAGCCUUGCAGAUAUCUUUUUGGGAGUAACCGUUGAAAGCACAUUAUACAAUAUCAACAUCAAGGAAGAUAUGUUCCCAGCUCCAUUAAGGCAGAUACCUGAUGUGCAUUUCUUUUACAAGUCCUCCACAGUAACAUCAUCUUGCUACAAUGGACGAGUGGCUGUUGUCACUAUGAGAUGCAAUCCCAGCAAACCCGGCCAAGGUGUGAUUUCAGUCCCCAGCACAUGUCCAGCAGGCACCUGUGAUGGCUGCACAUUCUAUUUCCUUUGGGAGAGUGCUGAAGCUUGUCCUUUGUGUACAGAGCAUGACUACCAUGAGAUCGAGGGAGCCUGUAAGAGAGGAUUUCAGGAAACAUUAUAUGUAUGGAAUGAGCCAAAGCAAUGCAUUAAAGGAGUUUUCUUGCCGGAGAAAAGACUGACCACAUGUGAAACAGUUGACUUUUGGUUAAAAGUGGGAGCAGGAGUUGGAGCUUUUACAGCAGUUUUACUUGUGGCUUUGACCUGCUACUUCUGGAAAAAGAAUCAAAAACUAGAAUACAAAUACUCCAAAUUGGUAAUGACAGCUAAUGCAAAAGAGUGUGAGCUCCCAGCUGCAGAUAGCUGUGCUAUCAUGGAAGGGGAAGAUAAUGAAGAAGAAGUUGUAUAUUCCAAUAAACAGACACUGUUGGGGAAACUCAAAUCCUUGGCAACAAAGGAAAAAGAAGAUCAUUUUGAAUCUGUUCAGCUGAAAUCCUCCAGAUCCCCCAAUAUAUGAAGAGAUAGUGCAAUCUUUGGACAGAAGAACAAAGAAACCUGCUUUCUAAUUUUACAGGACCACAUUUUAGAGCCCAUCUUGGUGCCCAGGAUUGUUGGUGAUACCUGUGAGAAAUAUUGGACUGUUGAAAAAAAGAAGUUUAGAGCCUUCUGGUUGUCUGGUUGCCUUAUCAUGUGGUCAAGUACCUUGCCAAAAAGGAAAGCAAGCAGUUUGGUGGCCAAGCUGAUGGUGAAAUUCAACUCAGGAAAGAGAUAUUUGUGUAUAUACAUAACUGAAAACCAAGUUUAAAGCCCAUCUGUGCACUGCUGAUGCAUGCCAUUUAACUAAUUGGUAACUUUCAUUUCUUAUAUGUGAGAAUUUUCAUGUGUGUGUGUGAGUGUAUGCAUGUGUGCAAGCAUGUUCAAUCAUAUGUAUGUGUUCCCUCAUUCUUUUGGAAGACUUCAAACUUCCCAUGAGAUACAACCCCUUUGGUUCUUAGCCCCUGUUUUUUUUGCCCCUCUCUUCCCUACAAAAUAUAAUUUCCCUUUGGAAUAUUAAGCAGUGCUUGAGAUUCAAGAACUUGAAUUUUCAUUCUCACAGACCCAAGUUAUCACCCCUUGGGAAAGAAUAGGGUUUCCAGAUACCUGGGAUAUUUUGGGGUUUCCAGAAAUUCCAUUCUAGGUGGAACUCAGGUAAUCUUGAAGGAAGAAGAACUUGAUGGAAAAUAUUAAGGGCACACCUUUGGAAGAAAAUGAGAAGCAACCAGGAUGCCUAACAUCUUAUGAAGUCAACCAAUCCCUUUAUUAAACUGGAAGCCACACUUCAGAAAAUCUUUUAAACAGAGGUAUAAGUGAGGAAAAAAAAUGAAGUGAGAUUGAUUAUCAGAUCAAGUGGAGAAAUGAGAAAGUAAACUAGCUCAUCAACAAGUUUAAUCUAAACAACUGAUUUCACAGUUAUUAGCAUUCUUUUAGACUCUUUGGAAAAAUGAACUAGUAUACCCAUCCUAUUAUUUCAUGUAAAGUUCAGUUCUCGAGGCAUGUGGGGUGUAGACUUCUUAUUGGCUCUUAUGAGGUACGGUGAUUUGUGAUUUUUGUUUGGAGAAGUUUCUUCAGUCAAUAAACCAACAUCCAGCUUUGGAAAAAAGCUUAUGACUGACUAUCUAUGACAAGGAAGUGGUUGCACUCUGGGCAGGAAAGGGAAUCUAAUUAUUAUUUUUUAUUUAACCAAAAGUGAUUGGGUGGAUUUUCCUAUAAUUAUUUAUUGCUAUCAAAAUUUCACCAUGAGACUUAUUAAGAACAUAUGUUUGGAUGAUGGUGGAAUUGGCUAAUUUACUACAAAGAGUAAUCCUUUUGCAAUGAAUGGGCACAGGAGCAGAACCUGGGACAUUGGGUAUCUUGAGAUACUCAGAAUGGUUCUAAUUGGGGGCAGCUGGGUGGCUCAGUGAAUUGAGAGCCAGACCCAGAAAUGUGAGGUCCUGGGUUCAAACCUGUUCUCAGACACUCCCUAGCUGUGUGACCCUGGGAAAGUCACUUAACCUACAUUGCAUAGUCCUUACCACUCUUCUGCCUUGGAACCAAUACACAGUAUUGAUUCCAAGACGGAAGGUAAGAUUUUUUUUAAAGAAUUGUUCUAAUCAAUAAGUAGAGAUUUAAUUCAACAGAAAUAGGGCACUAGUUAUUGACUGAAAGAAGCAAGGAAGGUUGGGGGAGGGGAGAGAUAUUAUUGAUUUUAUUGCCCCAAGAACUUCACAUUCUUAGAAUGUCACAACUUUUAAUUUUGGACUCAGUGGGCAAUGCUUUUUUGGAGGGUGGGAUGGGACCAGGAACAAAAUACAUGCUUGACUGUGUCUGUAUAACAUGUGGGAUUAUGCUCCCAAUAACAUGGGAACAACCAUGAUAUUGUUGAUUGUAUGUUCAUUCAUGUGUUUUCUGUGUACUCCUGCACUGUUUCACACACUUCUGUUCAUUGAAUUUACUAUUAUCCCAUCUUUUAUGUGGGGUAUUCAGGGAUGGAGUCAUUCUUUCAAUAUAAUAUAUCUAUGAUUUUAGUUCUUGGAUCUCUUUUAAAAAAUUUACAAAAGGCUAAUUCUUAUCCAUCUAAUUAAGAGAUACUGAAGAUCAUUUCCCUGCUUUGAUCAAAAUUCAGACACCAGGAGGAAAAUGUAUUUGAAGUCUGCCCUUUCUGAUAACUGGCAGAACUGCAACAAACAGUUAUGAGUGCAGCAGUGAUCUGCAAGAACAGACAGACAAGAUGCUUCCACAUAAUCACUUGUCACCUUUCUCUCCAUCCUUGGCUGUGCUGUACAUGGAUGUUCCAAGCCAUAGAAAUAAUUGGGAUUUUCUCCCAGGUAUCUCCUUUCUUCUCUUGUCACUGGACUCAAAUCUCUGACAUGUCAAAAAUGCCUUAAAUUUUAAUGAACUAUUCUCACAAUGUAGAUGAUGUGGAGGAGUUCUUAUUUAUUUUACUUCUAAUUUUAGAUAUAAAGUAGCAUUUUGUCAGCUCAGUGCCACCUUUGGUAGAGAAGCUGUCUUUUUCCUAUGGUUCCUAGCAAAGUGUCAUUUUAUGCCACAUUGUCCUGAGCCCCGAAGAGACAAAACUGAAGAAGUAUAAUAAAGAGAACAUGAAGACCAACUUUGGCUGUCAAGUUCACUAAAGUUCUAUGUCCAGGCUUUGCAAAGCUCAUUGGAAUACUAAAAGGCAUAAAGGAGUUAAUUGUGCCACAGUGACUUUUAAUGGGCAUUGUUAUUCCUUAUUAUUAUUUUUUCCUCAAAUGGUAGAGAAAGAGGAUUUCAGAAAAGGCGUGGUUCUGAAGCCUUAAAUAACUUCAUUAAGCCAACAGUCGCCUAUAAUGUCUUCUAGCACUCUGCCAAAAUGUAUUUAAAGCAAUCUUCCCCUAGAUGAGAGAAUGUCUUCUAUGGAUAAAUUGUUGGGUUUUUUUUGCCACCUAAUAAUAUGGAGCAGUUUAUGUGUUCACUUGAUUAAAUAGACUACGUUUUA